AUGGGUCAUAACCCCGGUGCACUUGAUGAAAUCGACCUUAACACACUAAGGGAUCCUGCAGGAAUUUUUGAACUGAUUGAAGUCGUCGGUAAUGGAACAUAUGGGCAGGGUCGUCAUGUUAAGACUGCUCAGCUUGCUGCUAUUAAAAUCAUGAACAUCAACGAGGAUGAAGAGGAAGAGAUUAAACUUGAAAUAAAUAUGCUAAAGAAGUACUCUUACCACCGCAAUAUUGCUACCUACUACGGCGCUUUCAUCAAAAAACUCCCGUCGUCGACAGGCAAGCAUGAUCAAUUAUGGCUAGUCAUGGAAUUUUGUGGAAGUGGAUCUGUAACAGAUCUUGUGAAAAGUAGCAAAGCUUCUUCAAUUAAAGAAGACUGGAUAGCCUAUAUAUGCAGAGAAAUUCUUAGGGGACUUUAUCACCUACAUCAAAAUAAAGUCAUUCAUCGGGACAUAAAGGGACAAAAUGUACUUCUUACGGAUAGUGCUGAGGUGAAAUUGGUGGAUUUUGGUGUUUCGGCUCAGCUUGAUAAGACGGUUGGGAGGAGAAAUACAUUUAUAGGAACUCCAUAUUGGAUGGCUCCAGAGGUAAUUGCAUGUGAUGAAAAUCCAGAGGCAACGUAUGACUCGCGAUCUGAUUUGUGGUCACUCGGUAUAACAUCGCUGGAAAUGGCGGAAGGGCAUCCUCCUCUUUGCGAUAUGCAUCCCAUGCGUGCGCUUUUCCUAAUUCCUCGAAAUCCUCCUCCACGAUUGAAACGAACGAAAAAGUGGACAAAAAAGUUUGAAUCUUUCAUUGCCUUAGUUUUUGCAGAAACUGUGCUUGUGAAAGAUUAUCAGCAACGGCCGUAUACGGAUCAACUCCUGCGGCAUCCGUUCAUUAGGGAUCAACCACCAGAAAGAAGUAUUCGCAUCGCAAUAAAGGACCACAUAGAUAGGCAUCGUCGUAUCAAUAAAAAAGAUCAUUUAGAUGAGACUGAGUAUGAAUAUUCUGGUAGUGACGAUGAUGAGCCAAACCUUUCUAAGCAGCUCCAAACUCAUCGUGAUGAUUCUGAAGCGGCAUCCAUGAUCCCAGUUGACAACACUCUCCGAAAAGGAUUCCAACGGAUCCAGGAGGCAAGUCGAGGGGCUUUUGAACAUGCGGGAGCUCAGCAGCUCAAGAGGAUAGUACCAAAUCACGACCGACCUCCAACUGCUAGUCCACAUCAUCAUGCAUACAGAUAUGGCGCUGAUGGCCGCAGCCGUGAAGAAGCUGUCAAAAUGCGUGCGCAAGCCGCAGUAACUCGUCCCUUAGGAGGCAGUGAUGUUCGCAGAGAUUCCGAGAGAAGGCAGAGACCUGUCAGCCAUCAUCAGUCACAUCCAGCGGCUCCUCACCUUGCGGACCUCGCUAACUACGAUCGUCGACGUCAGUCAGAACGUGAUGAGCGCAGGGAAAGAGACAGAAGUGUUAACAAAGAUCGCAUAGGACACCGUGGUGCUAUGCCCGUUGCUCGCGUUUCUGCUAAUGUCACCGCCACUCCGUUACGUAAGUUAAGUGAACCGGUGCUGCAUCCGCAACAGUCUAGACCUGAGGAUUUGGAUGCAUUAGCAUGUGAGUUAUCACGAAUGGGCGGUUCUCCUGGUAAUGGUGAUGGUAUGUCACCUCCCCCUCCUGCUCCACCUCCACGUGAUACGUCAAUAGCAAGUGUGACUGAUGCUGAUGAUGAUUCUAUCGGAGGAACACUUCGGGGUCCAAAUAAGCCAUUACCUCCAACACCAACGGGAAGUUCUCCUCUAACUGAUAUGUGUGAUGAAGAUACCCUUCUGCAGUCAAAGAGGCCCAAUGACGUUAUACCACGACCAAGCAUGGUGAAAGCAGCAAGCAUGCCAGAUCAAGCAUCCACAACUACUUCUCCUGAAUUUGGAUUAGGAGAAAGCUCAUCUGACACCGAUGAUGAUGUGCAAGAGCUUCGAGCGUCAGUGUCAUCGUCACGCGGCAGUGGCUCUCUUGCACUACCAGAUUUGCUACCGAAAACUCGUGAAACAGGCCGGUUUGACGAACAACGGGCAUGUGAGGACUCUGUAGAAGAACUUUCUGGGAAUGCCAAUGCUUGCGCGAACGGAUCGAAGAUUUCAAUGCAUCAGCAACCGCUUUCUUCGAGAGAUCGCGAGAAAUCGUUCGUGGGGUUUUUUGGAACUGGAGCUUUGGUAGGCGCAGCAACUGUAAAUCGUCCCGGUAGAGCACAGGAUGCUAGUCAGAUCCAGGUGAAUGUCAAUCCUAGUUCUCAGAAUGGAGCACAUCCCGAUUCUGAUGCACCGGAAAUUCGAAAGUACAAGAAGAAGUUCAGUGGAGAAAUCUUAUGCGCGGCUUUAUGGGGUGUGAAUUUGCUUAUCGGAACUGAUGGAGGACUUAUGUUGUUGGAUCGAAGUGGCCAAGGAAAAGUUUAUCAGCUCAUAAGUCGGCGACGCUUCGAACAGAUGACAGUGUUAGAGGGUCAAAAUAUACUGAUCACAAUAUCUGGGAGGAAGCGAAGAAUUAGAGUUUACUAUUUAAGCUGGUUGAAACAGAAAAUUCUGAGAACUGAGGGCUCCACUUCUGGUCUGCCAACAGAGAAACGUAAUGGAUGGGUUAACGUUGGUGAUCUUCAAGGCGCUAUUCAUUUCAAAAUUGUUCGCUAUGAGCGGAUCAAAUUCUUGGUAGUCGGCUUGGAGAAUAGUAUUGAAAUAUAUGCGUGGGCUCCAAAACCGUACCACAAGUUUAUGAGUUUUAAGUCUUUCGGAUCCUUAUCUCAUCUACCGCUCAUUGUUGACUUAACUGUGGAAGAAAACACUCGAUUGAAAGUGCUAUAUGGAUCUCAUGAAGGAUUUCAUGCUAUUGACCUCGAUUCGGCUGCCAUAUACGAUAUCUAUACCCCUCCUAAUCCUCAGCAGAACAUGGUUCCUCACUGCAUCGUAGUCUUACCAAACAGCAAUGGCAUGCAGUUGCUUCUAUGCUAUGACAAUGAAGGUGUCUAUGUGAAUACUUAUGGAAAAAUGUCUAAAAAUGUGGUAUUGCAAUGGGGUGAAAUGCCAAGCAGCGUCGCCUAUAUAUCAACUGGACAAAUUAUGGGUUGGGGAAAUAAGGCUAUCGAAAUCCGUUCUGUCGAUACGGGUCAUUUGGACGGUGUUUUCAUGCACAAGAAAGCGCAGAAGCUCAAGUUUCUGUGUGAACGUAACGACAAGGUAUUUUUCUCGUCUGCAAAAGGCGGUGGUUCUUGCCAAAUUUAUUUUAUGACCCUGAACAAGCCGGGUUUGUCGAACUGGUAG